UCUAGAGCGGCGGCGGCUGGCUAGGUCUGCGGCGCGCGCGGGUGGUUCGCGGCCGGGUCAGGUUCUUCGGGCCCGGGCGGGAGGACCAGCACUUGAGGUCGGGGCCGCAGCCCGUGACUUCACAACCAGGCAGCAGCGCUGCUGCUGCGGGGCUCCAGCACUCGGCCCGGCGGGACGGCGGGGCAGCUGGCGCCGGGGGCCGGGAAGCGCCAGAUGAUGGAUUUGGACGUGCUUCUGUGAAGAAAUGCCACAUGGUCCGAGAACAAACAUGUCCAGGCUACUGCCACUUUAGGGGACUAGGGCUCAGUGCCAACGCUUCCCGGGUUAUCAGGCGUGGUCUGACCCAGGAUCAAGAAGCACAUCAUCACCAAUGACAUCAUGACAGCAAGAGAGCACAGCCCUCGCCAUGGUGCCAGGGCCCGUGCAAUGCAGCGGGCUUCUACCAUCGAUGUGGCGGCCGACAUGCUGGGCCUCUCUCUGGCAGGAAAUAUACAAGACCCAGACGAGCCCAUUUUAGAAUUUAGCUUAGCUUGCAGUGAGCUGCAUACUCCAUCGCUAGAUCGAAAGCCAAAUAGUUUUGUUGCGGUGAGUGUCACCACCCCACCUCAGGCAUUCUGGACGAAGCAUGCACAGACGGAAAUCAUUGAGGGAACCAACAAUCCUAUAUUUCUAAGCAGUAUUGCCUUCUUUCAAGACUCUCUUAUCAAUCAGAUGACACAAGUCAAACUCUCCGUGUAUGAUGUCAAAGAUAGAUCUCAGGGAACAAUGUAUUUACUGGGCUCUGGAACAUUCAUUGUCAAAGAUCUGCUCCAGGACAGGCAUCAUAGGUUGCAUUUAACACUAAGGUCUGCAGAGAGUGACCGUGUGGGUAACAUCACUGUGAUUGGCUGGCAGAUGGAGGAGAAGUCAGACCAACGGCCCCCUGUGACCCGGUCUGUAGACACUGUCAACGGGAGGAUGGUUCUUCCCGUUGAUGAGAGCUUAACAGAGGCAUUAGGAAUUCGAUCCAAAUAUGCUUCAUUGCGAAAGGACACUUUGCUGAAAUCAGUGUUUGGCGGUGCCAUUUGCCGCAUGUACCGGUUUCCAACCACCGAUGGUAACCACUUGCGGAUCUUGGAGCAGAUGGCAGAGAGCGUGCUCUCCCUGCACGUGCCCCGGCAGUUCGUGAAGCUCCUACUAGAGGAAGAUGCAGCCAGAGUGUGUGAGCUGGAGGAGCUGGGGGAACUGUCCCCUUGCUGGGAGAGCCUCCGGCGCCAAAUUGUUACCCAGUACCAGACCAUCAUCCUCACAUACCAGGAGAACCUGACUGACCUCCAUCAGUACAAAGGGCCCUCGUUUAAAGCAAGCAGUUUGAAAGCAGAUAAAAAGUUAGAAUUUGUUCCCACAAACUUGCACAUACAAAGGAUGAGAGUUCAAGACGAUGGAGGAUCAGAUCAGAACUACGACAUCGUCACCAUCGGGGCGCCAGCAGCACACUGCCAAGGUUUUAAGUCAGGAGGUCUCCGCAAAAAGCUGCACAAAUUUGAAGAGACCAAGAAACACAGUUUUGAGGAGUGUUGUACAUCUUCUGGCUGCCAGUCCAUAAUCUACAUACCACAGGAUGUCGUCAGAGCCAAGGAGAUCAUUGCCCAGAUCAACACCCUGAAAACCCAAGUUAGUUACUACGCAGAGCGGCUCUCAAGGGCAGCCAAGGACAGGUCUGCCACUGGCCUUGAGAGGACACUCGCCAUCUUGGCAGACAAGACACGGCAGCUGGUCACGGUCUGCGACUGCAAGCUGCUGGCCAACUCCAUCCAUGGGCUGAAUGCCGCGCGGCCUGACUACAUUGCCUCCAAGGCCUCCCCCACCUCGACUGAGGAGGAGCAGGUGAUGCUUAGAAAUGACCAGGACACCCUCAUGGCCCGGUGGACGGGGAGAAACAGCCGAUCUUCCCUGCAGGUGGACUGGCACGAGGAGGAGUGGGAGAAAGUGUGGCUGAAUGUGGACAAGAGCCUGGAGUGCAUCAUUCAGCGUGUGGACAAGCUGUUGCAGAAGGAGCGGCUGCAUGGCGAGGGCUGUGAGGAUGUUUUCCCCUGUGCAGGAAGCUGUACUAGCAAGAAAGGUAACCGGGACAACCACGCCUACUGGAUCAGACCAGAAGACCCCUUCUGUGAUGUCCCCUCCUCGUCAUGCCCCUCCACCAUGCCCUCCGCUGCAUGCCAUCCUCACCUGACCACACAUUGCAGUCCCCCUCCUGAAGAGUCCAGCCCAGGUGAAUGGAGUGAAGCCCUUUACCCGCUGCUGACCACUCUCACUGACUGUGUGGCCAUGAUGAGUGACAAGGCCAAGAAGGCCAUGGUAUUCCUGCUCAUGCAGGACAGCGCGCCCACCAUAGCCACCUACCUGAGCCUGCAGUACCGCCGUGACGUGGUCUUCUGCCAGACUCUGACUGCCCUCAUCUGCGGCUUCAUCAUCAAGCUGAGGAACUGCCUGCAUGACGAUGGCUUCCUGCGGCAGCUGUACACCAUUGGGCUGCUGGCCCAGUUCGAGAGCCUGCUGAGCACCUACGGUGAGGAGCUGGCAAUGCUGGAGGACAUGAGCCUUGGGAUCAUGGACUUAAGGAACGUGACCUUCAAAGUUACUCAGGCCACUUCCAGCGCCUCCGUGGACAUGCUGCCCGUCAUCACAGGAAAUCGCGACGGGUUUAAUGUGCGGGUCCCUCUGCCGGGCCCGCUGUUUGAUGCCCUGCCCCGGGAGAUCCAGAGCGGCAUGCUGCUGCGGGUGCAACCCGUCCUCUUCAACGUGGGCAUCAAUGAGCAGCAGACGCUGGCUGAGAGGUUUGGCGAUACAUCUUUACAAGAAGUCAUCAAUGUGGAGAGUUUGGUGCGGUUAAAUUCCUACUUUGAGCAGUUUAAGGAAGUUUUGCCUGAGGAUUGCCUGCCUCGGUCUCGAAGUCAGACGUGCCUGCCAGAGCUGCUACGGUUUCUGGGUCAGAACGUGCAUGCCCGGAAGAAUAAGAACGUCGACAUUCUCUGGCAAGCUGCUGAGAUCUGCCGUCGCCUUAAUGGGGUCCGGUUCACCAGCUGCAAGAGCGCCAAGGACCGUACGGCCAUGUCAGUGACGCUGGAGCAGUGCCUGAUCCUGCAGCAUGAGCACGGCAUGGCCCCACAGGUCUUCACGCAGGCCCUGGAGUGCAUGCGCAGCAUUGGAACACGGGAGGUAGUCACCCAGAAGAACUUGAGCGGCCUGGUGCCCAUCCGAGACUUAAGGCUAGACCCCAGCCUCCUCUGUUCCAUUCCUUUAUUAGCUCUGAGCCCCAAUUUACUGAUUGUGUGGCUCUUUCUGAGCAUAGCAUACCUGGUGACCAAAUUGCGUUGCAAAUGAAUAUUAUUAUGAAAAAUUAAUAAGUCACAAGAAAAACAAAAGUGCCAGAACAUGUCCAGCCGCCGUGUACCUAACUGGACAGAAGGAAUGUUUCAAAGCGUGGUCUUCCAAGAGAUAUUUCAUGCCUUACAUUUUGAUGUUUUGUUCUUCUGAACUGUAAAUAGCUGCCAAAUUAUUUCACCAAGAGGACUUGUUUGUUUAGCUCCUGUAGCAUCUUCAGUGCUUGUAACAUGUUCUUACGGUGCCCUGUCACUGCAUCGUUUAGCUGGCCUGGAAUUCCUUCUACCACGUCUCUACCUUCCGAUGUACAACUAUCUAUCACCUGUACUUCUCACGUGCCCUGUUUCCAAAAAAAAAGGAGUUCUGUUUGAAGAGAAUUUGUAUAUUUGAUACUAUUCUUUAAGUAUACUGCUAACCCUUCCUUUCCUUUUGAUGACAAAUGAGAAGAAAAAGAUAGAUGCUUUAUAACUGGCUCAUCUAGAUAAACCUAUCUAAUAGGACAUGUAUUUUCUGCUUUCAUUUCAAAGCGUAGUCCCUGAAUUACAGUAGCAAACAGUUUGCAAAAUCUUAAGACUUCCUUGCUUAUAUUUAUUAUUUCUGAUUAAGGAUGACACAAAGCUGUGAAUUCAAUAGUACACUUUACCAAGUCAGACACAGACCAAUAGGCUAUCUGACUCUGCAAGGGUCAUGCAACUGGUUCUAGGGAUUAAUGCAUAUAGUAACCAAAGGCUGUUAAAGUUAUAUCUUUUUAUUUAUUUUAAAACAGCAUUUUUCAUUUUAAAAAUGGUAUCUUUAAUUGCAGAUUAAAGUUCCAACAUCUUUUCUGUCUUACUAAUCAAAUAUGGUUGAUAAUGAAAAAAAAAUGAAAGAGAAAUUGCAAAAAAAAAAAUGAUCCUUGACUUUUGGGCAGUUGUGACGGAUAGAGCUGUGAGAGCAACGGGGUGCUCUGGUUUCUGCUGGUGCCCUUCAGUCCUAAUGUGGCAUGCCCUGCAAUGCGAUGAAGUGUAACCUUAACACCCAUGUGGGGCAGAGGGUUAUUGGACACCUGUAAAGGUAACCAAAUAAAUAAGGAAAAAAUCCCCACACCCUGUGCAGGACAGUCAGCGGCUUCUCUGUCUUACAGUUCAUAUUAUAUUGUGCCCCCACUUUCUGUCUUCAGUUCGUUCCUCAUACACUGUAGUUUAUGAAGAGGAUUUUUUUAAACCAGUCCAGAAAAAUGGAAAUGAAUUUAGAGAGGCUUGCUUUUCCAGAAACUUGGCACCCAUGCAUGCCCAGAAACCCAAUCCACCACAAAAGGCGGUGGCCUCUCUUCAUUCUCUCUCCAGGACUCCAGACCUUACUCUGAGCUUUCUCUCGUUUGGUUUCAGCUCAGAGUCUGGCUUUCUCUCAUUUGGUAUCAGCUCAGAGUCUGGGUACUAAGAAUCAUAGAAGCAGUUAGCAACGAAUGGCAAAUGCUAGACUCAACACUUUACAUUCUAAAGUGGAAGACCAUCCUGAGCAAUGCAGGCUGCCUGGGGCAGGUGUCACCUGUGUGUCACCCCGUAGGUGAAUCCACACCUCUCCAAGUGCAGCAUGUUCACUUGUCUCUUCUAAAAUAAAUGAGAUGGCUGUUACGGCAUAGCUCUUGGCAUCCUUCAGUAGGGAGUCUCUCACCAAAUGCCAGCUCAUGGGUGGUGUAAGCUGUGGCAGCAUGACAGUAGUCCGUGGGCUACUGUCCUUAGUGUCCUGUCCAGCCUGUGAUUAUUUGAAAGGUAUGUUUGCCACUUUCCCUCUUUCACAUUGAGGCAUGCACUUCAACUAAUACCAUCUUGUUUGCUUUAUUUGAAAGUGAGAAAGCAGAGUCCACAGCCUCAUUCAGCUUCCAUUACACAGCUUCCACGUCCUGCCACUGGUAGUGUUGUUCCACUGCCUGCAGUGGUGACUGGUGCUCACUCCCACCUCCACGGCAGGGCUAGUGGCUAGGCAGAGGCCAUGCACAGAGGGAGGCCCUCUGACUGCAGACAGCAUUCCUCCCUGUCCCAAGGCUCAAGGAUGCUUCUGUGGCACCCUCCAGGGGCCCCUCCCAGGACCCUGCCCCAUAGCACAGAGAAGCUGUGGCCAGCUGAGGAGCCACUCCCAGGGGGCCUCAAGGACACCACGGCCUGAUCCUUGAUUGUCACCACAUCUUUCUGGCCAUGUGGACUUAGCCCUUGGGCUGAGAGAGAAAUGAGACCAAAGGGAGAAAGAUAAAGUUCUUUGUUUCUCUCCUCCAGGGGCUGGGUGAAAAUCAGUAUGCUGCCUGUGCAGUUGGAGAGCUGUCAAAAGGACACCAUGAGAUUAGCCUAGGCGGUGGUUUGGUUUGGGCUUUUUAAAACUUAAGUAUUUUGAGAAAAGAAACUCAGUUGCUCUCUCUUUAUACUGAAUUUUAAUGUCACCAAGGGCUUUUACUCAUGAAAUCAGGCCAAAUACAUUUUCAAAAUCUUACCUACUUUAGUGAGAGAUAGGCAGGAUGAAACAGAGGCUGGGGGAGAUGAUUCAAGAAAGGGGUCAUUGACAUUUAGUGAUGGUUAUAGCUGCAUGUACAGAAGUAGUGCUGAGGCAUUGUUGGUACCAGCUCUAGGUGUUCAGGAUUAAACCAGCUUUCUCAAGUUAGGGAAACCAUAAUCAGGAGUCGUUCUCUUUGAAUGAUCUUAUAAAAUUGUUGUAUAAGUUUUUUCAACUAGUGUGACAGUCACCAUUUAUGCCUAAGGCUUGAUUCCAGCAGAGAUUUUAACACAGUGGCCUAUUCUCCCUCCACAAAGUGACAGGAGUAGCAGCCACUACCCCAUGCCAUAGAAUCACCAAGAUACUGAUGCCUGCAGAUGAGUUCUAAAAUGGAAAAUCCCACUGGAACUGGCAAACUAGAGGAUUCCCUAAAAUUAUCUGUCAUUUGGGGUUUCCAUUUUAAUCUUAAUUUCAAAAAUGGAUGCCCUUGAAAAGAAAUAAUUUAUUGAUAUAGUAAAAGUAAUCAUGGAGUUUUGAAACAAAUAAGUCCCUCUUGCUAAAAUCUAAGACCUUCUCUACAGGUGCCAUUGACUCCUAAAAAGUACGCAGCCAGUGUGAUCAGUGGAGGUGUUCUGCCUUAGGGCAGCAGGCUGGCCUCUGCGGCGGGAAGCCCCAGUUAACACAGGCCAUCCUCACCACCUCUGCAUACCUCGUCCCAGGCCCUCUUGCCAGCUUGUCGGCACAGGCAGUGGGAUGACAGUGUCGGCAUGUGGAUCAGCCGCACCAGCCAGAUUAUGUAAAUUCAGGCAUUUUUGGGAAAGAAAAUAAAAUCUGAUUUGAAAACUACGUUGAAAUGGAAGUACAAUCUUUAUUAUAACUUCAUGUCUAAUGUGUUCAGCUAACUAAACUAGGCAUUAGGUCCUUUAAGAUGUAAAUAAAAGAUAAUGUCAAACAAAGUUCACAAAUUAUUCUGCCUCGCUCCUCACAGCAGUUUAGCGUUUACUAGUGAUAGGUGGUUUUUAAGGACUUUGUACAUUUCUAUAUAAAUGGAGAAGCCAUAUCUGAAGUAGUUCAUUAAUGUAAGAGUUUCCAAAGAUUAAAGGAGAUUAACUGUGCAUAGGAACCUAUAGCUUCUGCUUUAAGUGGAAGUCCAUUUUUGAUUACUGAAUGUUAGGCAAACAUGAUUGUUACUCCAGGGGACCUGCUCCUGUGGCAUGGGUGUUCAGCUCAGCUGAGGCCUUGAGGCUCUGUGACAAGAAAGCAUAUCCAAGUUACCAAAUUAGUUAUAACAACCAGGUGGAUACUUUUCUAAACUAUCAGAGCUUAGCUUUUGAAUAAAAAUUACUGUCUUACCAAAAGUAUUUUACAUGUUCUUGAUGAGACUGUCAUUUUCACUUUAAAAGGCUUGAGCAAUUGCCACUGAUAUUUUUUUAAAGUGCAUGACAUAAUGAUCUUCAUACAAUUUGAAUUUUUUAAAAAAUCACUGUUUCUUGCUAACUGCAAAUUUUUGCAUCUCAUAAAGGGAAUUUUGUACUAAAUUUGAUAACUAGUUGAUUUCAUUGCUAGUCUUAGAACAGUAUACAACUAUCAAGUUAUACUGUGCUGUGGGAAGUCAUUUAUGUAUAAAGUCACUUUUGCCAAUUAGUUUUAUGUCUACACCUGAACAUUUCCCAGAGAACUCCCCCGAUGCACUCACUAAGCAGGUGACGACACCUGGCUACUCAUCCUCCCAUGCAGCGUUUGUUUUUGCCUCCCUCCCGGAUUGCCAUGGCAACCCUCCAUCAAAUGCAGCUGGGGAUUAUGCUGGUAGUGAGUUCUCUAGGGAAGGAUACCUGUGGGCUCUCAUUGGCUCAGUGGCACUUGUGCAAGAGGGAACACGUGAGGGCAGCCCACCUGUGGAAUGGCUGCUGGCUGCUACCAGAUCUCGGUGAGAUCCCUCCUUCAUGACAUUCCAGCCCUGAUUGCCAGGCUGGUCUGCAGACAGUGCAUGAGCCCAUUGGAUUACCUGGCACCCAGAACAACUGUCCUCCAGGAGACAGCAGAUCGGAACAGCCUUCCCAGCCACAUGCCUUUGCUACAUGUUGAAUUCUGCAAGGAAAGUCAACAUUUUGAAUUUCAAUGUGAUUACAGCUCUUGCUAAUAUAGAAAAGUGCAGCUCGUUAAAGCUUACUAAAGUGCAGCUUUAGUAAGAGUAGUAAUGUUUCUCUUUCCGCUUAAUUUGCUAUGUAAGAUAACCUUUGAACCACAAGUUAUGAUAGAACCCCAAAUGACUUAGACAUGAGCUACAUGAAGUCAUUCAUUCACUUUUAAAAAGUUUGCUUCUACUUAGAUACAGUGCUGCUUCUAGGAAUGCACAACUCACAGCCCCAUGCAGCAUGUGUCCAUCUCUGUGCUUCUUAAUUGCCUUGUUCAGAAACCUGCCAUUUUACGUAUGUAUUUGUUGUAAAUGAGUCCAGCACCCAUUUAAAUUAAUCUUUUUUUUAAUGUUAUGAAAAUAAUCAGUUCAUUUCAUCUUAGUUUAAGUCUUUUCUUUUUUCCUUUUUUACUGCUGUCAUUUCUUGUGCUUGUUUUUUCCCCAGUGAGGGUUGUCGAAGAGAAAAUACAAUGAAGAAUGUUGGAAGUCGCAAAUAUGCAUUUAAUUCCCUGCAGCUGAAGGCUUUCCCCAAGCAUUACAGGCCUCCCGAAGGGACUUACGGAAAAGUUGAAACGUGAACACACGGUUUCCUCUAAUUAGCUGUUACAUAAUAAAUGUGGGUACCCUCUAGUGUCAUAUAUGACUUCUUCAAGAAGACCUGAAAGAUUGGUUUUUAUUUUUUGUUUUGUUUUUGUUUUUGUUUUUAAAUUCACUUAAGAAUCUAUGGAGCAUGUUUUUUGGUUUUGGGUUUUUUUUUUUUUUUUUUUUUUUUUACCAUUGGAAUCAAUAGGAGGUAAUGUUUGGCUCAAUAAUGUGGAUAGUAACAACUGCCCAUUUAAAUAGCCUUUGGCUGUAACUACACAGAUCUAUAUGAAUCAAAAUGCCAACUUGCUCACUUAUUUUUCUGCAGAGUAACUCAAAAGUGACCAUUGAAUUACAAUCCACUUUGUACAAGUAUGAAUGUAAAACAGUAAAUAAUAAAUAAUUGGAUCCUAGGCAGACCAAUAAAUGUUAAAUGUUAUCUGGGGAAAGAAGCUAGCACUAUCUCAUACAGUGAGAAUAAAGGGUUCUAGUGAAUUAUCCUAUUUACAGCACCACCUGAAGAAGUUGAAAGAAAGAUUGAUAAAUUAACUGGAGAUAAGACUUUAUUAGAAAGUAACAUCUCCAAGGUAGCCCACACAGUUGGGGCCACUCUUUUUUUUGUCCCUCAUGAGUUAGAGAACUGGGAGUCUGCUUGGAGACACAAAGCCAGCACUAAGGUCCCUUUAGCCUGUCUCCUGUUCUCAGAAGCUCCCUGUCUAGGCUCUCCCAUGCGCACAGGGCACAUCUCCCUUUCUUCUCUAGAUGUGAAUCCAGGGCUUCAGAUGUGGCAUGUCACACACUCAUGGGGAGUUGAUGACCAUAGAGAUAGUAGAAACCUAAAUAUUUACAGAAAAGAAUUUUCUUGGAGGAUUUCCAAUAUAUCUUCUUCUAAAAAACAGUACAAUCAUGUUUGAAUGUCUGAUAAAAGUGUCUUAUUUUUAGGUUUGCAAUAAUUGUUACUUUCUUAUUCUCGUUCCGUUAUAUAAGAUGACUAUUGAGCAACAGUUGAAAUUAUCUCCUUAAAUGAGAUUUUGAAAGAGAUUUAUGGGCCAUAAAACUUAGGAAUUUCAUAUAAAAUUUUGUCUGGUCAUCUUUUAUAAGAUGAUGAUGAGUCUUAUCUGCACAUAGCAGAGUUUUUUUCUUAGGAGUUUAUAUGUUUUAUUGAUUCUGUUUAUGAUGUUUACAUGUUCUUGAAAAGGUUGUAAAAGAAAUCUAUAUGGCAUAUAUUAAUGAUGCUGAUCCUAAUGAUUUGUGAACCUCUUAGAAAUUCUUAUGUCUAAAAGCCUACAGAUUCUUCUGGUUUCUUUAGAAACAUGUAACAAACUUGGGCCAGGGGUGCUAAGCAUGGGGAGGACUACUUAUUGGCAGGAACACAGAGGGGGUGGGCAUCAGGUACGGGUAGAACUGGGUGACCUUCCAGAUCCCCUCCUACUCAGAAGUCAGCAUGCAAGCAAAGCCUGCUGUUUCCUGGUGCUUGCAGGGAGGAAAAUGUCUGUGGAGGACACUUUAACAAGGAUGCAGCUCUCAGCUGCUCCCUCAAAGCUGGUUCACUAUGGCAGGCAGGAGGCAGAGAAACUCCUGCCCACCAAACCCACUGCACAGGUGGCUGCUGCUGGUGUCACAUUCUCCUUUUUAAGAGUCAGUCUCUGUUCACAGACAGUUCGUUUUCAAUAUGGCUGAUUUGGCCUUUCACCUCUCCACCACCUCAUUUAAUUUGUAAAUUUUUAGUUCCAUAUUUUCUCAUUAUAACUUUUAAAAAAUCUCCUUGCUUUUUAAAAAAAUCAAUAUUACCCACAUAGUUUUCAGAUAUUUUUUGUCUGAAGAACAUUAAAUAUCUGCACUUAUCAAAGGGAAUAUAGCAAAUGUUGAUCAUCUGUCAGGAGUUUUGCAUGUGGCACCUUUAUAUGAAUUAUUUUCCCAAUUUUUGCUUUAUGGGUCACCAUAAAACUGUAAGACUUGGCAAAUCAUGUAGAAAAGGUUCAGGUUUCAGUAUUCUCUCUGAAGGCAUUGUUACUGGGCUUCUGGUGGCAUCACACUUCCGGCGCUUGCAGGAUGAGAGUGUGUUACACAGCCUUGGAGGCAAGUAGCUCCUCUCUUCUGUAGGAGCUUUGAGUUUUCAGAUGUGCAGGGAGGACAGUUUUACAAGUUACCGUAGGAUAGAGGUUCCGUCCAAUGUUCCUUAUAAAGCCUCCCCAUUUAAAAAGAAAUGAGAUCUAUGGAAAACUGGGAAUGUAAUGUGGAUUCUGUCAGAGCUCCUACAGAGCACAGUUGCCUUUAGUUUCAUUUAAAGAUGUAAAAAUAUUGUAUAAUACAGUUUUGUCCCUACACAAUUGUAUUUGCCAAGCUUAGUGCAUUAUGAUACCUUUAUUUAUUUGUUUCGGGCAGUAUUAAUAUAUAUAUAUAAACGUACAGUUACUGUUUUAUAUAUUCUUAGGUCAUUCGAAGCCAUGUAUGCUGUAAAUGUGCUAGUCUUUAGAAUGACAAAUAAUAAAUAACUGACAAGAUAUUAAAUUUGGCCUUGACUGAUUCAUCCUAUUAGGAGGACUAGUUCUAUGUGACCAGCCUAUGACUGGACCAUUGUUGUUGGGCAUUGUGUUGAGUGCUCAGGUACUGAAUGCAUAUGUUUGUAAACAUGGGACCAUGGGAGACUUCUGUUUUAUAUGCUUGUUUCUAACUAAUUUGAAGCAGAGGGGCAGCAGGGUUGAAGUUAAAAGCAUGGACUUUGGGGGCACACAGACACAGGUCCCAAUCUUGGUUCUGCCCCUCACUGCUGGUGACUCUGAGCAAGUUGCUUAACCUCUCCAAGACUCCAUGUCCUCGUGUGCAAAGUGUGGAUAACAGCGUUACCUUCCUCAUGAGGUACGUGCGACGCUUCUCGGAAGUAAGUGUUUGUAAAUGGUAGCCAUUGUUGUUACCUUCCCGUCUGUGAGCAUGGAUCACAUCAUCUCUGUGGGUAGCCCAGUCCUCGUCAUAUGACUUGCCAAAAUGCAGUUCCACUUGUAUUAAUAUUGGCACUGUUCAUCAUCACCAGGACUGCCCCUUGCAUCACUAUUUUGCCUUCUAGGCAUACAUGACCCAUGAUCUCCCUUGGAAAAAUUCCCCUCACUGGAAAUGUACAAUUACAGGAUGAUUGAAUUGUUUAACUCUUGGAGUUUUUAGUAUUGUCAAACUCCCAGAAAUUUAAGCUGCCACCGGUAACAUGCCUUUUCCCUUUAUUAUCAUUGGGGCCAAUGCACCUCAGUUCAGUGUCCAUUUCCCUGAUUACUGUGAACACUGAACAUCUUUUAUACCUUUAUGAUAUUUCUGUUUUUGUGACUUCAUUGGAGAGUUGGUCUUUUUCAUAUAGAUUGUUACUAACAUAUAAUGUAUUAACCCAUGUCAUAUGUUGCACACUUUUUAACCUAUUUGUCAGCUGUCCUUUCGUCUGUGGUAGGGGGUAUACAAUAUUUCAAAUAUUUAUGUAGUCACGUACACCUGUCUUUCAUUUUGAUGCUUGUUCUGAAAUUGAGUCCUGGCUUCACCACAGAAGGUGGCACAUAUGGGGCAGCCAAGUCCUUGUGGGCACGGUGAUAUGGCUGCGUGUGCAUGAUGAGGGGCUGGACCGAAGUGCUCACUGGCACCUUGCUUGGUGCAUGGGCUCUGCUCAGUUUAAUAUUAUUAAUAGUUUCUGCCUUCACAUUCAUGUCCCAGGAUUAUGUUUUCAGCAUUUACCUAUUCUUAUUUCUAGUUUUUUUAUGGUUUCAUCCUACAUUUAGAUCAGUCCCUCUGGAAUCAUCUAGGUGUAAGUCCUGUGUCGUGCUUAGAGUUUGCUAAGGUCAGAGGGAAUCCCUCAAGGCCAGGCGUAAUUUUGCUUCUCUUUAAAGUUAAGCCAAGGAGAAGACAUGUCAGGACACCCAGACAUCAGCCACAGUGAGCUUCUUCCUGCCCUCCCUCCGCACAUUUGGGCACUGUGCUUUGGUUUCCUGUUGAGCCUCUGCUUAGUAGAUGACUUGGCACCGUCUGGCUGCCUAGAUAUAGGGGAGUUGUCUCAGGGAGGCUUUGCACCAGAGGAAGGUAAGAGGGGUUGGAGCUUCUCUUUGUGAUUUUUUAGAGAACAGAAAUGAUAAGCUGGUGGGGGGACAUUACUUCAUUGUAGUUCUACUGGGUAACCUUUCUCUAUUCUUUACCAACAUCACACAGCAGGUUGGCACCAUUUUUUAAUAGAGGCUUCUCACAGUAUCCUCAGCAGCAUCGAGUGUUGUUCAUGUUGUGGUAAUGAGCAAUGGAUCUCUCUGAGCAGGCAGUGUGACCUCUGGUCACUCUAAAGGGCUGCCAGCAUUUCUCUUUUCUCAGGCCUGGGGGAGAAGAGCUGUUCUGUGUGUAGGGGUGUUGGGAACACAUGGACAGAAGGAACUGGCCUCAUGUCCCAUCGUGCUCCUGGGAUGGCUCUUCCAAGACCAGCACUUCCUUCUGGCAGGCAGGCCCUCACAGAAGUCUGCAUUUGAAGACAGACAAAGUCUUUUUCUUGUCACUUUUUCCCCAAAAUGUCCUCCUAUACAAGCCCUCUUAAGAGCUGGUUUUCCAUAAGUCGUAGAGAGGGCACUGCUCUGCUGUGCACAGAACCCCAGCCCAGAAGCACAAGUUCCCUGUGGAGCCUGCAGGGAUGGCAGUGAUGAUAGAACCAAGGGGGUCAAGGCAGGUUGGAGAGAAGUGAGUGGCAGGAAACAGCUCAGUCUGCCUGACCUGGUCCCAGGCUACCCAUGAGGGCCUCCAAAGAGGGGCAGAGCUGGCUUAUUCAGAUCCCUGAUGGUUUUACACUUUUUAAAGUACUCUUUUCUCAGAGACUCUGAGUAUUUUCAAAAGUAGGAAGUAAUUGAAUUUACAGUGGAUAAAAUCCAGUAUUUGAAAUCAGGAAGGCAGGAACAAAAGCAGAAUAGCAUCCCUUUCUGAGAGGUGUAUGCUGACCAAAAAGAUAUUUCAUUCCUGUGAGCACCAGCAGCUCAGUCUCUGGCAGAGAGAGAGGUGGGUUGUAGAGAUGGAAACUUGUGUUUAGCAGAUCUCUGCUCCCAAUAGGGGCCCUGGCUGCAACUGACCUCCUGAUGCCUUGCCAACACUAACCGUGGGUAUGGGUACCAACCAGCACAGUGGACAUCAGCCCCAGGACCAGUCUACAAUUUGUCUGGUGGCCAAAUGGUAACUUUUAAGUAGGGAGAGCUGGUGGGGCCUUCACCACGCUCUGCAGUGUAGUGGGAUCUUGUGAGUUGGCCUGCACAGGCACUCCCUUCCUUGCCAGGGGCACCAGGGAAGCUUCUCCAGCCUGAGGCUGUGCCCUCCAUACAAUGCCCCCCCCGCCAUCCUGUGCCAACAGUAGGCAAACAGAGUAGCUUGGUCUUGGUUUUUAUUAGCUAUUGCUCUCCAGGCUAUGACAGGGCUUCCAGGGUAUAGGCUCAGAACACCCAUACUUUCUAGAUCCCUGUCUUCUUCCUGCCAUGACUUCUUCCUGCACCAGGCCACCGUUGGCCUUGCAGGCCAGUCCAGGCAGGUCUUUCACACUCUCUUGUCCCACGUAACAGAAAAAGCUGAGAAGACAGGGUAGGAAACACACUUCUGUCUCCAUGGCUCCGAAGAGAUGCCUGUGUUAGAUGGAUAUAGAUAUACACUGCACUUCACUGCCUCCUCCUUGACACCUGGCCCUCCCUUGGGGUCUGUGGCCUGACUCUAUCCUGGUUCUCCUAUGUCUCUGACCAUCCCUCCUCACUCUAAGGUUUGCUGUCGCCCACCACUUGCCACUAACGGUAUGCUGUUCUCCUGGGUUGUGUCCAUAACUUUCUCAGUUAAGAUGCUCUUCCUGAAAAAUCUUACACAUUCCUGUUGAAUAAAUGGUCACUUAUAUGAUAGUGACUCCUAAGCUUCUAGGUCCAUCCCAGAGUCUCCCCCAGGGUCCAGAUUAGCUACACAUCCAAGCACUGUGCCCGUCAUUUUGCCUGUCUUGCAGGCAUCUCAAACAGUGUGCUGAUGCCUCUCCUCCUCCAAGCUGAGUCUCCCUCUUAAUAGACGACUUUGGGCUCACUUUCUCCCCAACAUCCCAUCAGCCACUGAGACCUGUAUCUCUUGAUAACCAUCCCAUAAUUUCAACCCAUGCGCCUACAGGCCUGGUCUUUGUCAGUCCCCUCAGGUCUAGACCUCUCCUGAGCAUCCUUACCCUCCUGUAAGGCUGGUCUCAGUUACACCUUCCUCUAUGGUGAUUUCUCCCCACAAAUGAAUUUGGCCCUUGCAAAAAAGUUCUUCUCCUUCAGUGUUGACUGUGACGAUUCUAUCAUGCAUAUCCUGUCCACUGUGUCAGUCCCCUCUGUAGUCAUAAGAGCAAGUAUAAUUCUUGCUGUGAAGGAGCUAAAGUUUGUUAAAUAAACAGAUGAAUGAAUGGUGGUUUUGUAGUGUUCAACUGAAAUCCUUAUUCCGCACUGGGCCACACUACUUUUCUCUAUAUAAUCAGUUAGGCUAAACACAUCACAAGGAGCCAAAUUCAGAAGGUCAAAGGAGAAGGCAAACCACAGAGUGGUAAAGGUAAAGUGGUAAAUGCCCCUUUACCAUUUACCUUUACCUUAAAAUGGUAAAGGGGCAAGUGCAAGCGUCUCUGAAAAAAGGCUAAAAUUAGAGGGGGUUCAGGCAAUGUUAUCUUGAUGUGGAUGGCCAAGUACAGGACCGAUUACUUGGUUCUUAACAUACAAAUAUCCUAUUCACUUUUCAGUAUACUGGUUAUGUUUAACAGUAAAAAUUAAAUGUUAAAACUCACUAUUGUUGAAGACUCUCCAGAGGAAAUUAAGGAAACAGUUAUAUGUACAGUAGCAUCAAAAAGGAGGCAAAAGUCUUGUAUAUUUAAAACUACAAAAUUUUGCUGAAAAGAAAUUAAGGACACCAAUAAAUGGAAAGAUAUAUUGUGUACAUGGAUUAAAAUACCUAAUAUUAAGAUGACAGUGCUAACAAAAGUGAUCUACAGAUUCAGUGUACCCCCCCAUCAAAUUCCCAACUGAUUUUUUUUUUCCGGAAAUAGAAAAACCCAUCCUAAGACUUACACCAAAUCUCAAGGAACCCCAAAUAGUCAAAACAAUCC